AUGGCUGUCAGUCCGGUGAAGGGGUUUCCUCUUCCGCUAGGUAUCCCCUUCCAAAACCAGAGCAUUCUCCAGAGGCCGAGUUCUCCAUGUCCGAACUGUAACAGGAGCGAUUCUCAGAGGCAGCAGCUGGUUCCACGUCCAUCCCAGGAAUUCCCCAUCUCGCUGGAAGAGAUCAGGCAAAUCCACGGUCACAUGAUCAGAACACAGUUCCGCCAGACGCACCCGACGGCGGGACAUCUUCCCUUGCUCCAUUCCAGCCCCGCCGCGCAGCUCAACCUCCUCAUCUCCUCCUACAUCAAGAACGGCCGGCCAGAGGACGCGCUGAGAAUGUACAGUCUGGCGAGAGCGGGCGAGGAUGCGGUGCUGGACAACUUCACCGUGCCGUCACUGCUCAAGGCCUGCGCUCAGCUAUCGAGAAUUCGCCACGGCGAGGAAAUCCAUGGCUUCGUCCUGAAAGUCGGCCUCCACUGGGACGUCUUCGUCCAGAAUUCCCUGAUUCAUAUGUACUCGGAAUGCGCCUGCGCGGACAGCGCGAGGCGGAUAUUCGAGAAAAUGCCCGAGAGGGACGUUGUCUCUUGGAGCACGAUGAUCCGGUGCUUCACCAGGAGCAGGCUCUUCCCCGAAGCCCUGAACCUGGUAAGAGAGAUGCUGCUGUCGCAGAUACCGCCCAGCGAGCCAGCCAUGGUUAGCAUGCUCAACCUCUGCGCAGAGCUUGGGGAUCUAUCCAUCGCCAGAGCGCUGCACGGUUACGCGACGAAGAACGCCAGCCCGGAGGCCAUGGGAGUCAACAUCAGCACCGCUCUAGUGGACAUGUACGUCAAAUCCGGCUGCCUCGCUUCAGCCCGCCGGAUCUUCCAGUUGAUGGGGGAGAAGAACGUCGCCACCUGGACUUCCAUGGUCGCCGGCAGCGUCCGCCUCAACCAGCCCACCGAAGGCCUGCGGCUUCUCGCCCAAAUGCAGCGGGAAGGCGUCGCCUCCAACGAGAUCACCGUCCUGAGCCUGGCCCAGGAGUGUGGAGCAACGGGGGACCUGAAACUCUCCCGGUGGGCACACGCUUACAUCCUCAGACGCGGGUUCUCCCUCUCCCUGGUUCUGCUCACAGCCAUGGUCGACAUGUACGGCAAGGCCGGCGACGCGACGAGCGCACGGAUCCUGUUCGACAGAAUGCCUGACAAGGACAGCGCGACGUGGACUGCGAUGCUCUCAGGGUACGUCAAGAUCGGCUGCAUCGACCAGGCGUUCGAGCUCGUGGGCCUCAUGAAGGAGGCGAAGGUGAGGUUGAACGAGGUGACCAUGGUGAGCCUCCUCGCCCUCUGCAGGGAAGCCGGCGCUCUCGAGCUCGGCAGAUGGGUCCACGCCUGGAUCGGCAGACAGGGUCUGCGGCAGGACGCCGUGCUCGCCACCGCGCUGAUAGACAUGUACGCCAACUGCGGGGACGUCGAAGCGGCCUCCGGUAUAUUCUCCGCCGCUGGCGGCGGCGGCGGCGGCAGGGAUGUGGCGAUGUGGAACGCCAUGAUCGGCGGGCUAGCGAUGCACGGCAGGGGGGAAGAAGCCCUCCGACUCGUUGGCCAGAUGGAAGAGGACAGAGUGGCUCCCAAUCACAUCACCUGCGUCGCCGUCCUCCACGCCUGCAGCCACUCCGGGCUGGUUUCCGAGGGGAAAGCCUUCUUCAGGAGGAUGGAGCGGGAGCUGGGGCUGACCCCCACGGUCGAGCACUACGGCUGCAUGGUCGACCUUCUGGCGCGAGCUGGGAUGCUCGACGAGGCCCACCGGCUGAUCGAGACGAUGCCCCUGCGGCCGAACGUCGCCGUCUGGGGGGCCCUUCUCGCCGGUUGCAAGCUCCACCGGAACGCGGCGCUGGGGGAGACGGCGGCGAAGCGUCUGCUAGAGCUGGAACCCGGCAACUGCGGCUACAGCGUCCUCCUUUCCAACAUGUACGCCAUGGCUCGGAGAUGGGGCGAGGUCGCAGAGGUGAGGAAGCUGCUCAGGGAGACGGGAGCUCGGAAGUCGCCGGGGUUCAGCUCGAUCGAGCUCGGCGGAUCGCUGCACAGAUUCACGAUGGGGGACGACUCCCACCCGCAGAGCCCCCAGAUUCGUGCCAUGGUGGAGGAGAUGAUGAGGAAGCUGACGCUGGCGGGGUAUGUGCCCGAUACCUCGGCCGUUCUGCUCAAUGUGGACGAGGAGGAGAAGGAGACGGCCCUCGCCCUCCACAGCGAGAAGCUCGCCAUCGCCUUCGGGCUCAUCAGCACGGCCCCCUCCGCCCUCAUCCGGGUGGUGAAGAACCUCAGGGUGUGCGGCGACUGCCACACCGCCACCAAGCUGCUCUCCGAGAUCUACCAGAGAGACAUCAUCGUGAAGGAUCGCAACCGGUUCCACCACUUCAGCCGGGGAGCUUGUUCUUGCGGAGAUUACUGGUGA